AGAGCCCGCCCCCUGUGCGUUGCGGCUGGGAGGGAGAGGAGCUGCGAGAGAAGGAAGAGGCGGAGGAGGCAGCGGGCGCCGAGGCUCUGGGACCCGCAGGCCAGCCGGACCGACGCGCAGAGCCGGGAGCCUCAUCGCAGCGGCAGCGGCGGGCUCGGGCGGGCCUCGGGGUCUGCUCACCCGCAUGAGCAUCCGCCCACCCGGCGAGCCCCCGAGCCCAGGGGGCGCGGCCAUGGCCGAGCUCAAGUCGCUGUCGGGGGACGCGUACCUGGCACUGAGCCACGGCUACGCGGCGGCGGCUGCGGGUCUCGCCUACGGGGCGGCGCGAGGACCCGAAGCGGCCCGCGGCUACGGCGCUCCGGGCCCGGGCGGCGACCUCCCCGCGGCGCCCGCACCUCGCGCCCCAGCUCAGGCGGCGGAGAGCAGCGGCGAACAGAGCGGUGACGAGGACGACGCCUUCGAGCAGCGGCGGCGGCGGCGCGGGCCAGGGAGCGCGGCGGAAGGGCGGCGGCGGCCGCGAGAGCAGCGGUCCCUGCGGCUCAGCAUCAACGCGCGCGAGCGGCGGCGCAUGCACGACCUAAACGACGCGCUGGACGGGCUGCGAGCCGUCAUCCCCUACGCGCACAGCCCGUCGGUGCGCAAGCUCUCCAAGAUCGCCACGCUGCUGCUCGCCAAGAACUAUAUCCUCAUGCAGGCGCAAGCCCUGGACGAGAUGCGGCGCCUGGUGGCCUUCCUCAACCAGGGCCAGGGCCUGGCCGCGCCCGUGGCCGCCGCGCCCUUGACGCCCUUCGGCCAGGCCGCCGUGUGCCCCUUCUCGGCAGGCGCCGCGCUGGGGCCCUGCCCUGACAAGUGCGCCGCCUUCUCCGGGACGCCCUCCGCGCUUUGCAAACACUGUCACGAGAAGCCGUGACCGCGCGGGCCCGCGCCCCUCCUGCACGCGUCCUCCGAUCGCCCCUGUGACUGUCGCUCUGCCCGGACAGGAAAGGCCUGGAGGGACCCUGCAGACCGGGAGGAGGCGGCCCGACGUCGCUUCCAGUCUGUGCGCGGUGAACAGUUUGGCGCAGCGGGAAGCGCCAAGGCCGUCGGGGCGCGGGAUUGAGCUGGAGAGCCGGACGCUGGACUCUGCGCCCGGGAACUCGCUGCACCCACUGGGUAUUGUCGGGACCCAGCAAGUCUAGGAGCGGGGGUGGGUAGAGCAUCCUUCGGGCACUGCCGCUCGCCCCCAAAAGAAGACCACCGCGGGGUCCCAGGGCCACGGCGAGGACGGGCACUGGUCAGAUUCCGGACAGGCGGUCCUAGCCCGAGGCGCACGAAGGGUGGAGACGAAGCAAAGCCGGACUUACUGGCUCCUGAUCCUCUCGCAGUGGGCCUCGCGCUCCCGCUCCAGCCGGCCCUUCGUGCUAAACUGCAGGGCAGUGCUCUGUUCCUGGGGACGCGCGUGGCCGGCACCUCCCACCUCGGUGGCUCCGAGACUCCGCAGCCCUGCGGAGAGCCCACGAUGGCCGUCUGCAGAGGAGCUGGACCGCGGACGCAGGAAGACCCCGGCGAAGAGCUUUUCACCUUUUCCAAGAUGGGAACAGGAAAAGAAGAGGCACCUCUUCGUAAAGGACAAACACCGUUCUCCUAAAAGGAUAGGUGAAAUGCACAAACCAUCUCCAACCCGAAAGCCACUCUGGCUUCACCAUCGCUCUCCAAAAGACCUCCUGUUGGAACCAGCCACCAGAGGCUCCUAAACCCUGGUUAAUCCAGCAGAGAAUGAUUACAGCAAUUUUCUAAUGUGAAUUUGUUUGUGGUAUGUUUUUAGUCUUUAAUCGCUUUUGGCAUCCCAUUUGAAGAGAUAGAAAUAGAGGGAUUUGUGAUGUAUUAAAUUAUUUCUCCCACAAUUACCUCUUUGAACUCAUAACCCUGGAUACUGUGUUCCAAUACUCCAACCAAAGUCUGUUUCAUAAAAUUAGAAAGUUGAUAUGCAUUUGCAAAUUGAAUCCCAAAGGGACAAAACCUGUGCUACCCCGAAUGCAGAAAAGGUUCAAACAGUUAGCAAAGUCACCUUUGAUUCAACUGUUUUACUUGCUGUAAAAAGUGAUUUAUGCUGUAUUAUUUCCAGUGUGAUGUGUCUGAGGCAUAUUUACUCACAUAAAUGUAUAAAAGCUGUUGUGUGGUAGCUGAAUGGAAAGACGGUCAGAAUUAUCCUUGAAGUUAACAUAUGAGGAAGAGCCCCUCUGAGGGGCAUGGAAGGGGGUCUCUGAGCACACUGCACACCGCUGUGGCCUCUCCUGUCUGUCCUUCCCUGAUGUGUCUUCGCCCAGGCAUCUGUGGGCAUCCUCCGAGAGCCACCCUGGCAGGCAAGAGGCCUCUGUGGCUGUGCGUUUCUGGUGGCCAUGGUGGGAAACAGCACAGAGUGGCGCACGGGCCUGCCAAUGGUCUCUGUUGCCCGAGACACACAGUACCACCAUGCAUGCCUGCCCCACCUGGGGCCCCUGGGGACAGGACCAUGAUCUUGGCUAAAGUGCUCCUCAGAGAAUGUCUGCACCUCUUCCUAGCCAGCCUCGUUUUGCCUCCAAGCUGGGUUUUGUCAAAAGUAAUGAGCCCACAGUCAGUUGCUCUCCCCAGACCCCCUGAUUCGCCCUGACGUAAGGCCAAUCUCCCCGUGCACGUGGACGGCCCUUGCUGUUCUAAUGAGGCCUCCACCAGUCUGGAUCUGUGGCCGCAAACCCUGAGACAGAGACAGGACCCACGAUGCUCUCUGAUGGCCACAAGGCAUCUGACAGGACACAUUUUUGUCGCCGUCAUCCACAGCCUCUGUGUGCUCUCAGCAUCUGGAGCUGCUUCUGGCCCCCAGCACUUCCUGCUUUCUGACCACGGAUGACACCAAAGUUACCAAAGUUACAGGGUCAAACGGUCUCUGCAUUUCAUGCACGGAAACAAAACCAUCCUCCACAGCUCAGCAGACUCCUGGGGCAUUGCGUCCCGGUAGGUCCAUGUAAUUUAAACUGGCGAGAGACUCGUCGCAAGGGUAUUCCGUACAUGAACACACCCACAGCUUUAGGGACUGGGAUUCAGAAACCCACCGACUAUGAGCCAGUGAGUGCCAACAGGCCCAGGCUGCUGGUGGAAGAAACGGAGGGGAAAAGCUUAUUCUCUUCCAGACUCCACACAAACCAAGCCCCUGAGCAGAACCAUCCCACCUGCUGGAGAGUGUCCCCACCGCCCUGGGCUGAGAAGUCGGUGACACCUGCCGGAGAGUGUCCCCACGGCCCUGAACUGAGAAGUUGGUGAAGCCCUCGCUUUCAUUUCAAGCACCAUAGACAAACGGGAAGAUGCUGAUUUCACAUUCAGGAAUCUGGGUUUCCAAAAUAAGCGUCUUCACCUGCUGUCAGGAGGAGAAGAGCACUCCCCUGCUUUUACCCUGGAUCUGCCCUCAGGGUGGUGGCAUCAGCGGUGUGUCCAGAAUGAGCAGAUGCAUCCAAAGCCGUCAGCUCUCCUGCCUUCUACCUUAGCAGCUUCCAGGGCACUAACAGGAGGAAAAGCAUUGGGCUCGCCCUCCCCUCUUCCCUCUCCCCUUCCCCUCCCCUCCUCCCUCAACGCUCUCUGCAGAAGAUGGGGUGCUUCUGCAGUGCACCCCCUCUUGUCUGGGUAGCUCUGCUCCCCUAACCAUCAACCCAUGCUUUUAAAAAUAUCCCAAAUGUGUAGCGGGUCUCAAGCCCCUGGUCACUGCCCCCAGCCCAGGUAGGUGCUGGUUUCAUCUGGCUUGGGGAAGGCCUGGAGGGUCUGGAAAGAAAAGACUGGCCCUGGUGGGGCAACUGACUACCUGUCGUCACCCUAGUCUUGAGACAGGCAGACAUCAGAUGUGGCAAAAAUUAUCUCUGCCGAAGUGUGUUGCCCAAACUUUGUGUGUCUGUGUGUGUCUGUGUGUGCUAUAUGUGUGUGUCCAUGUGGUGUGCCUGUGUGGAUACGUCUGCAUAUAUGUCUGUAUGCAUGUGUCCAUAUGUGGUAUGUGUGCAUGUGUGUGCAUAUGUGUGGUUUGUGUGUAUGCAUGUGGGGGUGUGCAUGUGUGUGGAUAUGUGUGGUGUGUGUGCAUGCAUGUGGGGGGGUGCAUAUGUGCGGUGUGCAUGUGUGGUGUGUGCAUAUGUGUGCAUAUGAGGGGGUGUGUACAUGCAUGUGGGGUGUGUGCAUAUGUGGGGUGUGUGCAUAUGUGGGGUGUGUGCAUGCAUGUGCGGUGUGUGUGCAUGUGUGUGGGAUGUGCGCACGUGUUUGGCGUGUGUGUGCAUACAUAGGGGUGUACAUUUGUAUGCAUAUGUGUGGUGUGUAUGCAUGCAUGUGGGGUGCAUGCAUGUGUAUGCAUAUAUGAGCAUGUUUGUGGUGUAGUGCUGCAUACAGCUGUCUUUCUGUGUGGGUUUCCAGCCCCCUCACCUUCGUCCUGUUACAGCCCAACUCUGACCUGCCAGGACAGCCCUGCUGCCCCCACGUCCCCCUGCCCCUGGCCCUGAGAGAUCUCUGGGGCCCUCCUUCCCUUUCUGCGGAGUUUGCCUUGUGUGUUUCACCGAGGUGAGAUGGGAGCCACCAUUCCAAUUCCCAGGACACAGCCCUUUUGGUCUUUCUUAAACCCUGGAAAGCCCUAGCAAACACAAUGAGUUGGGUGCCCCAGAGGUCAGGCCCUGUAACCCUUUCUGGCAGGAGAAGAGAGAGUCGGAGCGUUGGAGGUUCCUGGACUGUCCCCAACUCUGAGUGCACCCGGCUUCCCUGUGCUGCUCCUGCUCCUGUGUCGGAGGGGUGAGCAUAGAGAGGGAGGGGAAGCCGGGGGCAGGCCAGCGCGUCCUCAUUGCCCGGCAGGAAGUCUGCGUGGCAUCCAGGGCACACCCCACUUGCAGACGUCACAGCCAGAGGCACGUGGAGCCUCCCUGAACCCAGACACACACAGAGGAGGGCAAGGAGAAGGAAGCGCCAGGGAGGAGGAUGGCCUGUCCUCAGUGUGAGGGUCCUGCGGCCAUGGCUGUCUCCCCUCAGGGAGGGAAACUGGAGUGAGACUGAGUCACAACAGGGCCAGGGCAGGGAGGGGCCAGAGCUAGGGGCUGCGGCUGUUUCCUCCUGAAACCGAGGAUUCCCACCGCAGGCACGCGAGGCAAAGACCACACCCGGCCUCAGGUCCCUCCAGGGCAGGCUUUGCUAUCAAAUGAGGUGUGUUGUUUUUUUUUUUAACAUUUCCAUUUUCAGAGCCUUUUGAAAUGGAAGCUGUGGACUCGAGACAACAGGCCUGUGGGAUUCCAUUGACCAUUGACCAUUUUUUCAGAAGGAGAAACCGAGGCUGGAGGAGAAGGUUACUCUUUCCAAAGCACCAAAGCUCAGAUUUAAAACUUGACUGUCAGGCUGGGCAUGGUGGCUCACACCUGUAAUCCCAGCACUUUGGGAGGCCAAGGCAGGCAGAUCACCUGAGGUCAGGAAUUCGAGACCAGCCUGGCCAACAUGGCAAAACCCAGUCUCUACUAAAAAUACAAGAAAAAAUUAGCCGGGCGUGGUGUGCACCCAUAUCCCAGCUACUCUGGAGGCUGAGGCAGGAGAGUCGCUUGAACCAGGGAGGCGGUGGUUGCAGCAAGCCGAGAUCGUGCCAUUGCAGUCCAGCCUGGGUGACAAAGCAAGACUUCACUUC